AUGCUUUCGGCAGUACUUCACACAACUGUGCAUUAUGAAGAUAGAAUUACUGCAUUGGAGAACUCUCUUUUAAAUCAAAUUGCAGCCACUAAUCUGAAAUGUGACAUAUCACAGAACUAUCAGAAUGAACCACUAGACCAAAUGGAUUCAAAUGAAAAUAUUAUAUUCAUGCAGUGGCAAUUGGCAAUCACUUGUUCCUGGGUUUUGGUGAUGAUUCCAAUGGGCUUGGUGUUUUUACGACUCUUAAAACCUAAAAGUACAAACAAACUUGGUGAUGCUUAUUUACCAUCAAAUUCCACUGUGGAUUAUGCUGUCUGCUUGGAUCUUAUCUGUAAUUGUUACCUGUCAGAUUAUGGAAGUUCAGACAACCUUCUUAGUCUUCCUGUCGCCAUAGAGCCUAAUUCUGGUUUCCAACGGCAAACAGAGAUGGGUGGUGAUGCAUGGAGAAACAUCGUAAGCUCGAGUUUGGAAAUAGAAGAAGUCGAUUCAGGGAAAAGUCUGAGAAAGAACUCAAUAACUUUUUUAUUCGGUAAUAUAGCUUCUCCCAGUUCAAAAUCCCCAGCACAAGAAGGUAAUGUGACAAUCAAUGAACCUAUUACUGAUACCUCACACGUAAUACCGUCAGUCACUUGUGAUACUUGGAGCUCAGAGAAUACGGCAAUAUCCGGAGAACUUGAAUACAAAAUUGACAAGCUUUUAGGUGAUGGUAAUCUGGCCAAGUCCCUCUCGUCAACCAUCACCAAAGUUCAGCAAACUGCAGUUCAAGAAGGAAGUCAUUUGAAUAUUGAGCGUCGUAUAAAUACAGAUUCAUUUGUGUGUCCACCCACUUCUUUCCAUCGUGACCGCUUUAAAUCUCGAACCCAUGAAAUUGAAGAAGUGCUAGUGGAGCUAACUACUAACCCCAGUUAUAACCACAUGAAACAAGUGGUUUCUGUUUAUAUGAAAAACGCAAUGGACGAUAGUUUGAUGCAAGAGGUUCGUCUUUCAAGCAUUGAUUUAUUGAGGUAUUUCUGUCUUCAUGAAUCGCCGUUGGAGGAAGAUAACAUGUAUUUACUAUCAAGAGUGAUGGAGGAAGUCUUUGAUCCUAAAAUUGCAUGUAUCUUACUGCUGUUAACAAGUGAUGAUCCCAUUCCAGUUAAUCUUUUUUUGCUAUUGACAGACUUCUUUGCUUAUAGUACAUUUUUCCCAUCAAUGUUUCAAUUGAAGAUGAUCUUGGAGAAAUAUUCCACUUAUCUCAAUAAAGAUGACCUCUGUACACUGAAUGCAGAAGAUUUACUUACUGCCAUUGAUGUGGAAAGUUUUAUUGCAUUUUGCAACGAGUUCCCUGAACAUUUGAAUAGAUUCACAUCAAAACUACACAUACAUCAUCUUUGCCACAAUAAGUAUGCUUAUUGGGAACAACCUUCUAGAGCGAAAAAGUACAUGAGUUUUUUCAAGAGUGUCAUUAUGGUUUUGGAGUGUGAAAGAAUUUGA